UCAUGGUGUGGAGACAGAAUUCUAUUCCUGCCAGCAUUGACACUGUGUCUGCAAAUCCCUCAGCUAUUCUGAGUCUCCGUUUUCUCCCUGUGAGAUGGAGAUCAUAAAAUCCGCCUCAUCCUUAGAAUUAUUCUCCUGAGGCUACAAAAAGGCCGGAGGCUUUGUACACUGGAAGAAACGUGUAUUAAUAGCAACUUCUGUCCCACCCCAUCCCCCAACACGUCGAUCCCCUCCGGAGCAUAAAACUUUUCCCAGCAUCUGACCUGCCCAGGCCACCCUAGCACCUAGGAGCGUGAAUUCCUGAUGAGAGUUCUGGGUAGCGCGCCCUCCGGGCUCCCGCUCUCGUUUUUGUUUUUGGUCAGGAAAGGCGAUGCUCUAGAGGCUGGCGAUCUCCGGUCUUCACGAAUCCGCACGUCUCUCCAUUAUCACCGCGCCCGCCCACUGGGCCCCGGGGCGGCCGGCGACCGGGUCUCUUGGGCUCCGCGUGUCGCCCGAGCCGUCGCGGAGCGAGGGUCCCUGCCCCCUGGGAAGCGGUCUCCGGCCGCUUGGAGGCCGCCUUCUUCCCCCUCCGGGCCUCAGGAUGGAAACCAGCAGCCUGCACCGCCCGAGAAGGUCGGCUGGGUCCGGAAAUUCUGCGGGAAAGGGAUUUUCAGGGAGAUUUGGAAAAACCGCUAUGUGGUGCUGAAAGGGGACCAGCUCUACAUCUCUGAGAAGGAGGUAAAAGAUGAGAAAAAUAUUCAAGAGGUAUUUGACCUGAGUGACUAUGAGAAGUGUGAAGAGCUCCGGAAGUCCAAGAGCAGGAGCAAGAAAAAUCAUAGCAAGUUUACUCUUGCCCACUCCAAACAGCCCGGUAACACGGCACCCAACCUGAUCUUCCUGGCAGUAAGUCCAGAAGAGAAGGAAUCGUGGAUCAGUGCCCUCAACUCUGCCAUCACCCGAGCCAAGAACCGUAUCUUGGAUGAGGUCACCGUUGAGGAGGACAGCUAUCUUGCCCAUCCCACUCGAGACAGGGCAAAAAUCCAACACUCCCGCCGCCCCCCAACAAGGGGACACCUAAUGGCUGUGGCUUCCACCUCUACCUCGGAUGGAAUGCUGACCUUGGACCUGAUCCAAGAGGAAGACCCUUCCCCUGAGGAACCAACCUCUUGUGCUGAGAGCUUUCGGGUUGACCUGGACAAGUCUGUGGCCCAGCUGGCAGGGAGCCGGCGGAGAGCAGACUCAGACCGCAUCCAGCCCUCCGCAGACCGGGCAAGCAGCCUCUCCCGACCUUGGGAAAAACCAGACAAAGGGGCCACCUACACCCCCCAGGCACCCAAGAAGUUGACACCCACAGAGAAGGGCCGCUGCGCCUCCCUGGAGGAGAUCCUGUCUCAGCGGGACGCUGCCCCUGCCCGCACCCUCCAGCUCCAGGCUGAGGAACCCCCAUCCCCUGCCCACCCCCACCCGGGGCAGCUGUCCCGGAUCCAGGACCUGGUAGCAAGGAAACUGGAGAAGACUCAGGAGCUUCUGGCAGAGGUUCAGGGACUGGGAGAUGGGAAGCGAAAGGCCAAGGACCCCCCUCGGUCUCCGCCGGAUUCUGAGUCAGAGCAGCUGCUGUUGGAGACGGAACGGCUGCUGGGAGAGGCGUCAUCAAAUUGGAACCAGGCAAAGAGGGUGCUGCAGGAGGUCAGGGAGCUGAGAGACCUGUACAGACAGAUGGACCUGCAGACCCCCGACUCCCACCUCAGACAGACCACCCCGCACAGUCAGUACCGGAAGAGCCUGAUGUGAGGGCGGGGUGGGGUCUGGAACUCGUCGGGUUGGACAGACUCUUAUCUCCGUGUUGCUGGAUAAAGCUUUUUUAUUUACCUCAAUCAAAAAAAGAAAACAAAAAUGAGCUCA